CCACAGAGAAAAGGAAAAGUAGCCUAAUUUAAAUAUUCUCAUAAGGCCAAUUGCUAGUAAAAGAAUGUGCUUGUAAGAAUAGUAUAUACUUCAACAGAAAAAAAGAUCGACAGUCGACUUGCCUUGUUUUCCUUUUAUGGUAUGCUACUUCGCGACGUUCAGAACAGACCAGGCUAUCUUGAAUGUGCCACGUUUAUAUCCUUAUUCCUGGCAUUUAGUUAUUUCAGACUUUGAUAAGGCAUUUCUGGGGAUGGCUGGGGUAACUUUCCUGCGAUAUGCUGGACGGACUGUUCUUCGGGUAACUGGUAACGGGAUCAACAAAUUCAGAGAGCAAAAUCGACAAUUCUUCACUGCGGCCAGAAAGACCACCCCAUCUUGCAAUAUAAAUUGUAAAAUCCGAAGAGCAGCAUUCCUGUUCAGCAUACCUUAUCUGAGCCAUGAAGCCUACAAGAGAGUACAUAGUACAACUAUAGUCCAUGCUUUAGAUAAAGCUGAAGACGUUUUGGAGCAAGCUGAUUAUCUGUACAGCUGUGGAGAGACUGAGAAACUAUAUCCACUUUUGCUGCGGUGUCAGAACAGUAAUGACGCAGAGUACUUGUGGAGACUGGCACGAGCAUCUCGGGAUCUCUCCCUCCUCUCCAACAUAACUGCAGAGGAGAAGAAGAGGCUUACGUUUGAGGCCUUUGAGUACGCCAAGAAGGCCCUUGAAAACAAUGAAGCUAGUUUUGCUGCGCACAAGUGGUAUGCCGUCUGCCUUAGCGAUAUAGGAGACUAUGAGGGGGUCAAAGUGAAAAUAGGCAACUCGUAUAUAAUAAAAGAGCAUUUAGAGAGAGCCAUAGAGCUUAAUCCAAAAGAUGCCACGUCUAUUCACAUUAUGGGGCAUUGGUGUUUUGCUUUUGCCGAGUUACCUUGGUAUCAACGCAAAGUGGCAGCUAUGAUUUUUGCAUCGCCUCCCACAGCCACUUAUGAAGAGGCUUUGGCAUUCUUCCUGAAAGCAGAAGAAGUUGAUCCUAACUUUUACAGUAAAAAUCUGUUGAUGUUGGGGAAGACAUAUAUGGCUAUGAAGGACAAAGAGAGUGCUGUGCAAUGGCUCAGCAAAGCAAGGGACUACACCCCACAUACUGAGGAGGACAAGGAGGUCAAUAAAGAAGCUGUUGAGCUCCUGAAGAAUCUGAUCGCAUGAAGUGACCAAGUAGUUUGGCGACAGGAAUGAGUGCAUUGUAUGACACUGUUUAAAAAUUAAAAUCUCACUACAACAACUCUCAAAAUAUGUAUAUACAUAUAAUUCAAAUUAUAGAUUUCAUAUUAAAUAUAUAUUGAUAUUUAAAUAGUGUACCCUAAUACAAAUUUGAUAACCUUUCCUCAAUCUAGAGACUGGAAUAAUCUGUAAACGGAGGCCAUGAUAUAUUGGGUUUUAAAAAUUAAAAGGUAGGAUUGCAAGUUUUACAGCUAGGUUUGAUUAAAGUCUAAAUGUAUAUCAAUAACAAAGGUUGUUUAAGGGGUGUAGCUUCCUUUUAAAAUGGAGCAACCAUCAGCAUCAAAGUGGGAAUCAAGUUUGUUUUCUGUUUUUUUCUGUCCUAAUGAGGUGGCUGAAAUGAAAUUGACACCAACCCUUGAUGGUCUAGGCAACUAAUAUUAGAAUAAUUGUGAAUUAAAUUAAUUGAAAACAGUUUUAAGGUAGUAAGAUACAUUUAUUAAAUAUGGUUCUGUCCACAGGCAAGAACCCCCUCCCUCCCAAAUGGAGGGGGGAGGGGGGGGGGAAUCUGCCUUUAAGAAUAAAAUAAGUUGUUUGUUUUCUGAUUCCAGGUUAUAGUGCCAGGUUAUAGUUUUAUCACAAACUAAUCUAUACAUUUGGGUAAAAUAUUAUUUAGAAAUCAGGAAUUCUAUACACAUCUCCAGUAUAGAGGAUGUUCUGUACAGUGUAGGUGUUAACAAUGAGUAUUAACACACAAUAUCCAGAUUCACACAAUAACACAGAAUUCAUCCAGGAUACAAACAAGGCCUGUCAAUGAGAAGGCUUGUAAAUAAAACAAUGAAGUAUGUUAAGUUGAAUUCACCGUUAUGUUGAACCAUGAAUUCACAGUACAAAUACCAUUGUACCAUUACACCCGUUAUGCUUUGUACAAUAAAUAAAUACAAAUUAUACGUCGAUUUUUGGGGGGGAUUAUUGAUUUGUUCAAAAGGAAGCAUGUUAAUAUUACUGUGUUCAAUUGAUUUACUUUGUUCCUUAUGCAUACAAUAGUAAUUACAAAUGUUCCUCCUCUGUGGCACAAAUACAUAUACACACGGCUAAUAAACUUUACUGAUCACAAGAGAUGGGUUUUCAGUGAUCUGGCCAGAACAAUAUCAAAAAAAGUACUAUAGAAAGCCGUGUUGUGUAACGGGUACAACAAAAAUUGUAAACAUUGCCAAAUGCUAGGACUGCAUAAUCAUGACUGGCAUGUCAUUUUUGCCAAAUUGACAAGAGAUAUUGCAAAAUAGAGACAUUGAACUCCCUUUGGAUUGAUAGCUGAAGGUAUGUUUACUCGACAUGGAAUGGCCCACAGCUCAUUUUAUUAGGCCUGUUGCAUGGUUUAGACUGCUACACAUACCAAGCAGGUGUGCACUCUUGUACCUGUUCUGUGGUUUAUACUUUUAGAAUUUCAUGAAGGAGUUUUCUUUACUGCAAAACAAAAUCCCAACUAAAGACUACUGAACUGUUACUAAACAGGGAAAGUAAAAGUUUGAAAGUGGCCUUCAUACAAAAAUAACUACAACAUAUGCCAUAUGUUGAGGACAUGUUAUGCCUCCUUGGCAAUUCAAUAAAGUGUUUUGAUUGUUUGAACUUUCUUCCUUUCCAUUACAUCACAUGAUCCUGGGACACUGAGUUCAAAUCCCUGUGACAUGCACACAGGUAUACAACUCUAAUCCAUCAAACUACCUGGAGUCAGUCAAACAAAGAAGCACAAUUGCAAAAAGAAUAGUGGCCCUAUGGAGACAUCAACAGUAUAAUACAUUCAAUGAAAACAAUGUGUAGUUUAUUUUUAUAAUUUAGUAUUCAUUGCUUCAAUCAACAAUUUGAGACUAUGGCUGCGUCAUUUCUCAAACAAGACAUUAUCUAAUAAAUUAAAUAGGCAUGUGAGAGAAAAGGAAAGCCAAAUGCAGUGCCACCAGCGGUUAGAGAAGUACCAGUAAUAAAUCUGCAACUGCCAAGUCCCCCUGCCUCUAAAACAUGUAUAUCACACUCACACUUCAGCAGGAAGACAGACAUUCACAAACAAACCUGAAGGUACACUGAAUGUGGUUGAAUUAAAUGCAAUUUCACCCAGUUUCCUAUUCAUCAACUGAUCACUGAUUUCUUCCAUACCUGCAUCGUUCGACACUUAAGGCUGUGC